AUGUUCAAGCUCAGUUCUACAUUAACUGGCCACGAGCUGGAUGUUCGUUGUGUGGCAAUUGCAGGCACGAAAACGAUCAUUUCCGGACUGAGAGAUGCUACGCUUCGAAGCUGGACUCCCACAGCUUCUAAUCUGAGUCUGGACGAUUCUCUCGUAGUUUUCCAUUCUCCGGAAAACUCAUUUAUCAAUGCUGUUGCUUACAUAGACGAGGUCAAUUGUACAGGAGAACCAUUGGUUGCAAGCGGAGGAAAGGACUGUAUUGUAUUUCUUUCACCAAUUGCAAUCGAUCCAUCUGCUCAAGACAUGGCUAAGUACAACCUUAUCGGCCACGAGAAUAAUGUUUGUGCUCUUUCUUACGCCGACAACAACUUGAUAUCGGGGUCGUGGGAUGCCACUGCCCGUGUAUGGGAUCUCGAAUCGAUGCAGACAAAGUAUGUUUUACGAGGACACACGGCUUCUGUAUGGGAUGUGAAGAUACUAGAUGCCAAGAAUGACAUAUACUUGACAGCAUCUGCUGAUGGCACCAUACGCAAAUGGAAGGGCGACAAGGAAGUAAAACAGUACAAGGGACACCAGGAUGUUGUGAGGAAGUUGUUGCUUUUUCCCGAUGGAAAGUCGUUUGCUUCAUGUUCCAAUGAUGCUACCAUCGUGAUUUGGGACCUUGAGUCUGGAAACAUCAAACAAAGGCUCGCAGGACACACAUCCUUCAUCUAUGAUUUGGGAUUAUUGCCCAAUGGCGACCUAGUCUCCUGCGGUGAAGACAGAAGUGUCAGAGUGUGGAGAGAUAAUGCCAUAAUCCAGGCAAUUACCUUGCCCUGUGUGUCUGUGUGGUGUUUGGGCCACAUUCGACAACGGCGAUUUUGUAGUGGGAGGCUCUGA